AUGGCCACCAGGCACAUGGCUCCUUCCACUAAGGAAUAUCGACUCAAAAUAGCAAAGAAUCGUGUUGAUCAUCCUGGUAUGAAGCUCAAGGAUCGUCUUGAGCUGAAAUAUCCCAGAAACAGCUCUGGUCUAUUUACUACCGGUGACGGCAGUAGUAAGGGAUUUCCCAAAUCCCCUUCGAAAAUAGGUGACGGCGAUGAGAUUGUGUUGGUUUCCGGUUCCAAUCACAAGAACACCAAACGCAAAGCGGGCUGUGGUGGCGCAGCUUCCAAGAAGGGCGAUGUCAAAACUGAUAAGAAGCCGAAAAUUGAAGAUGAUAGCAGUUCGGACGGUUUGGACCCACCACCUCGCUCGGCGGCCAAGGCUUUAGAUAAGAAGCCAAGAAUCGAGGUUGAAAUUAAUUCAGACGGUUUUAUGCCUCCUCCCGACAAGUUUUGUUAUCUUGAAGAUGGGGCGUGUUCUGAAAUGUCAUAUGACGAAGAUGAUAUCGUACCCGACACCGAUGAGCUAGAGGUCCUCCAUGAGCACGAGGCUCAAUUGGAUGACUUUGUGAGGCAAUGUGGAGUCACCGCCAGUUUCAUUCGCAUCCGCAACAUACUCCGCAACUCGGAAAUCACGUCGUGGACUGACUUGGUCCCCAGUGUCAAGAUGACUUUGGAAACGUUGAAGGGUCAUGGAAUUCCCCAUGACCUUGCUGGUCGCAUGUUGGAAUUAGCCCAACACAAACAUACCGAGAAAGAGGCUCCUCGUGUAUUAGAUACUGUGAUCGAGGCUCCAGAAGCUAACGACCACGGAAAACCGCAAUAG